CGAGGGCACAGGUGGAGGGCUGAUCCGAGGACUCCGAAUCUUGGGGAUAAUUGGAAGGCCGUCCGGUCGCUGUGUGUGUGUGUUCCCACCCAAAAGGCUGCGGGGAGAAAGGGUAGCUAGAUGUCUGAGUGGACCAGAUUCCCUGUCGGGGAUGGCCCGCCUCGUCCAACGACUGACCCGCAUUCUCCUGAAUUUGGAGCGGAGGUAGCACGAGGGAGAGCACGUCCCGGCGCGAGACCUCAGAGAUCUCAGUUAUCAGGAGCUACUGUACAACAAUCUGCGGAACUUGCACCAUAUCCAUCGCUGAUUUUCCAGCCACUGGGUCGUUCGGGAAAACUGCUGCAAAAUCUCGGUUCACUGCCACAGUUUGAAGCUUACAACCGAGGAGAUCACCUCAGUCAGAGACCCUCAGCUCCACUCUUGGGCAGAGGGAUCUUAAGCAGAGAAAUCUCCAGCGCCCUGUUCGGAAGAGUUAGAUAUGAAGUAGAACCAGCAGCUGGCGAUGCCUUUCCAUCGAGAGCAAAACCGCUCUGGAGCCCUGAACAAGGCAGUUUCAGAGGCAGAGCCAUGGUUCCUGAGCCAUCUAUAUGCAAAGUUGAGAAGACUGUAUCUCGUAUGAAGAGCCUGGAGAUCAAGCAAGACUCGCCAGGGAGGAGUGGACUCCCUCCUCUCUCAGCUGUGCAGCCGAGUCAGGAUGUUGCUGGAACAGUGAGAAAAGAAGCCCUUGGGGAGUCGUUUGUGAAGAGGGGAUCAUCUGGAAGGCCCAUCCCUCUGACAACAAACUAUGUCAAAAUCUACUGCCGAAAUGAUGCUGUCUACCAAUACCAUGUCACUUUCAGCCCUGAUAUAGAAUGUCGGAAUAUGCGCUUUGGCAUGUUGAAGGAGCACCGGCAAGUUACUGGGCGGGUCACUGCUUUUGAUGGCAGCAUACUUUACCUGCCUGUGAAACUAUCUGAGGUGAUCAAACUCAAAUCACGAAGAAAGACAGAUGGGAUAGAGGUGGACAUUAAAAUCCAAAUGACCAAGGUUCUGCAGCCAAAUUCUGACCUCUGCAUUCCUUACUACAAUGUGGUAUUAAGAAGAGCAAUGAGAAUUCUUGAAUUAAAGUUAAUAGGAAGAAAUUUCUUCGACCCAACUAAUGCCAGUUUUCUCCCUCAGUACAGACUGCAGAUCUGGCCGGGAUACGCAGCCAGCAUUCGUAAGACCGAGGCAGGAUUGAUGUUACUGGUCGAUCUGACCCAUAAAGUAAUCCGGAAUGACUCUGUUAUUGAUGUUCUGCAUGUUAUAUACGAGAAAAGCAGCGAGAACUUCCAGGAUGUCUGUCUGAAAGAGCUGGUGGGCAAUAUCAUCAUGACCAAGUACAACAAUCGCACCUACCGCAUCGAUGACAUUGACUGGGACAAGGCUCCAACAAGCUCCUUUUGCAUGGCCAAUGGGAAAAGCAUUACCUUCUGCGAAUAUUACAGCAAAAACUAUGGAAUUACCAUUCAGGAUCUGAACCAGCCUCUUCUUGUACAUCGGCCGAAGCCAAGACGAGGACCACAGGGACAGUUAAUACGGAAUGAAAUACUACUUGUGCCUGAGCUGUCGUACAUGACGGAUAUACCCGAUCAGAUGAAGAAGGAUUUCCACACAAUGAAGGACAUGUCUGCACAGAUUAACAAAAGUCCUGAACAGAGUGCUCUGGCUUUGAGGAAACUCCUGAACAACAUCAAGGAAAACGCCAGUGCUCAGGAGGAGCUGUCCCUCUGGGGUCUCGACAUUGACAGUGAUGUUUUUGAAACAGAGGCAAGAGUCCUACCUCCUGAGAAGAUCGUUCUUCGACACAAGUCAUUUUCUUGUGGGCCUGAUGUUAACUGGUCAAGGGAAGUUGCACGGGAGAAAGUAAUCUCUGGGGUUCCAAUGCAUUGCUGGGCUCUCUUUUUCCCAAAGCACAGUGCCACAUAUGCCAAGGAGCUGGUCAAGUUGAUGUCAAAGGUGGCAGAGCCCAUCGGUAUGAGCUUCCUGCAACCUGCCUACGUUGAGCUGAAGGAUGACCGGACCCAGACCUACAUCCGAACACUUCAGUCACACCUGGAGAGUGGCAGUUCAAUUCAGAUUGUGGUGUGUAUAGUGACUGGUAACCGUGACGACCUUUACCACGCCAUUAAGAAAUUGUGUUGUGUACAAUCGCCAGUGUCCUCGCAGGUGAUUAAUGUGAGAACGCUCUCUCAGACGGCACGAAUCCGAAACAUCUGUCACAAGAUCCUGCUGCAGAUUAACUCCAAACUAGGUGGAGAGCUCUGGGGUGUGGACAUACCUCUGAAGCAGCUGAUGGUGGUAGGAGUGGAUGUGUACCAUGACCCCAUUCGGGGAAAGCAGUCUGUUGUUGGAUUUGUUGCCAGCUUAAAUAAGUCAAUGACCAAGUGGUUUUCAAGGGUGAUGUUUCAGAUGCCUGAGGAGGAAAUCAUCAGUGGCUUAAAGAUCUGUAUGGUGGCAUCCUUGAAGAAAUAUCAUGAGAUAAACCACUGCCUACCAGCGAAGAUUGCCAUGUAUCGGGAUGGAGUAGCCGACAGCAUGUUGAACACUGUGAAGGAUUACGAGAUUCCACAGCUCCUGAGAUGCUUUGAGGUGUUCCCCGACUACCACCCAAAGUUGAUGCUGGUUGUGGUACAGAAGAGGGUUGCCACCAACCUGUGCACCAAGGGCAAGUCAGGGAGACUAGAGGUUCCACUUCCUGGUACUGUGCUGGAUCACACUAUCAUCAGUCAGGAAUGGUUUGAAUUCUUCCUGCUGGCACACGCUGUUCGUCGAGGUUGUGGGACUCCUACACGUUAUAUAUGUUUACUCAACACUAUGAACCUCAGCCCUGACCACAUUCAGAGGCUCACUUUCAAGCUGUGCCACCUGUACUGGAACUGGUCAGGUACGAUCCGCGUGCCAGCGCCCUGCAAGUACGCUCACAGGCUGGCCUUCCUGUGUGGCCAGUCCCUGCACCAGGAGCCAGCCGCCCUGCUGUCUGAGCUGCUGUUUUACCUGUGAAGCCAUCAAACGUUACAUGGUGCAAAUGGGACAGAGGGCGGUCCACUCAAAAUGAUGGGAGUCCUGCUCGGGCUGGGACAGGGGCUUAAAUUCUGCCCCAGAUCUUUUUUUCCCCUUGGCUGCAGAAGCAUUUUUGAUUUUAAAGCCAUCUUUGUUUCCUGAGUAACACACGGCCAGAACGAAAUGGCUGAACAAACAAGACACAUAAAGGCUGCCCUGAAGCACUCUACUUAUUCAUGUGAAGUGAUGGUAGUUAAAAUGCAUGCUCUAGACCCGAGACUCCAAGCGGCAGGCUGAGUUUUAGAGCUCAAAGGUGUUGGCUCAGCAGAAAUAUAAUCUGUAAAAUUUCUGUUAUGUUUGCAAGGACAGGUUCGCAGUCCCACCCCAGGAGAGGCAGAAGCACCGGUGAGAACCCACUUUAUCCUGAAGUACUUCCUGCUGCCCUCCAGAAGAGGCAGAAAUCAAAACACAGAUCCCCAUUUGAAGGCAAGAAGAGAAAUGCAAAAUUCCCUGUCAAUUCUCAAGCAAUCACACCUCUCUAACCCAGGGGCACCCAACUUUUUUUUAAUGCCAUCGACUAAUAUCAUUAAGCAAGGGGUCCAUGAACCCCAGGUUGGGAAAUCCUGAUCUAACCCUUGUUUAUCAUCCCUGUUAGAACCAGGGUCCAUUCUCACGCAAACUUCAGUGGAUUGGAGUAGGCCUAGUCUACAAAUCCAGAAUUCCCAGGAGUGAGGAGAAUUCGUAGAGGUCCCAGAAACAUUUUAGUUUCAAUUUACAGGGCUUGAUUGAAUCUGAUCCACAUCACGUAAAGUCCUUAAAUAAUUCCUUUGUCAGUGAAGGGGAGUGUUAACUCAUUCGUGCCUCCUGCGGGUCUGGCUGCAAAAGGUGUGAGCUCGUUCACUGAUCUUUGUGAUCACGUCACAGACACUGUGCUCCUCUGACAAUUAUUACUGAAUCCCAUACCAUCAGCAGGUGAAAUAAUGUUCCUAUUUGGUCACUCCAGACUCAUCACAGAAUGAAAUAUUGUCCUAGAGCUCUCAUUUCCUCCUUGCAAUGUGUUUCUGUCCAAUUCCUCCUCACGAAGCAGUUACAGAGCACAGUGACUGACCGAGCUCACCUUGCCGACCCUAGUAAACUGUUCUGUGGUACUGGAAGUCAGGGUUUAUCACUGCGACUGCUCCCCCAUUGCACAGUUGCUUGUUCAGUCUCAUCCCAAGCUGAUUUCAGUAUUUGAAGUUUUUUUUUGAAAAAGCAAGACUUUAAUUUGAAAAUCUGUAAAUUCCCUGCUUGAAAAUUGAGCCUGCUUUGGUUAGCUGGUAGUUAUGUUAAUAAUCUGUGCUAUGAUUGUCUGGGUGAGAAGAGGUUACAGGUCAGAGAUUUUGCUUUAGGAUGAGGGCUGACCAAGUUAUUUUUUUAAAUCUUUUGUUCAGUGACUUGUGCAUGUGUGGAAUUAUCUACUCUGGAUACCAAUCAAAUGUUCUUCCAUGUUCAGGCAGUUUAUGUAAGAAAUUUCUUCACCACCCCCUCCCCAAUCUGUGGCAAGACCACUUUGAACAACUGCAGUCCUUCCGGAGAAGGUGCUGUCAUGGUGCUGUUGGAUUUCGGUCCAGCAGUAUAGGUAUCUCCUGUUUGUUUUGGACUGGAGUCAGGAAUAGUGCAGGCAAAGUGAGGUUCUUUUCCCUCAAUACUGACUGACGUUCUUGAUGUCUCAGAUUGCUUUGUCCAGUCCUGAAGACAACCAAUGUACACCUCUCAAAAUAAAUGUACUUCUAGGCCAGGAAUUCACAGACCCUUUGGUUAAUGGUAGAGCUCGAUGGCAUAAAAAAGGUUGGGAACCCGUGAUUUAGGCAUCCGUGUCAGGAUGGGGAAGCCACAAGCCACUGCUCAGCAGGCCAUUGGAAUUAUUUAGCUUGUAAGCUACUGAGACCAGCUUUUGUAGAUGUUUAAAACUAGCUGGUAAGGAAAGAUGAACAGUGAAUUAAAUCUGUGGUGUGUUACCCCAUCUAAAAACAAAAAACUAGAGUGUAGAACCAAGAGGUCUUUCAGCCAAUCAGUGUCUUUCUUUUACGUGCUUGGUUGCGUUUUAACUUCACCUACCCAUUUUUAAUAUUUUGAUUUCAGUUUUGAAACCUGCUGAGCUGUAGCCCCUCAGCCUUGUGUUGAAGAUCUAAACUACUGAUAAGCUACUAGAGGAAUGUGGUGUCCCACUGCUCUGAUACUGAUCCUAUCCAGGCACAGCAACAUACUUCACUAGUGUGGCACUGUGGUCUGGUGCUUUCUAAUCAUGCAGUAACCUUGUGAAAUGUCAACGCCCAAACUUCGUCAUUCUCUCUCCUCCCUUCCCUCCUUCCCCCCCUCACUACAUAGCUAUCUUUUAAUUAAACACUGUCUCCAAGUUCAGACUGGAAUUAUAUUGCCAGCAGAGUCAGUGGAAAACAUUUUUAAAUAUAGAUCUGACCUACAUUACGGCAGGGUGAAGUGGAAAAGAAUCGUUCUUAAAUAUGCAAUAAAUAUCUGAAACUGCACAGACACAAUACUCCCAAACAGUAAACACGAGGAAAUCUGCAGAUGCUUCCCAAACAGUGAUGCUUUUGUAAACACAAGGAAUUCUGCAGACGCUGGAAAUUCAAGCAACACACGUCAAAGUUGCUGGUGAAUGCAGCAGGCCAGGCAGCAUCUCAAGGUCGACUGUACCUCUUCCUGGAGAUGCUGCCUGGCCUGCUGCGUUCACCAGCAACUUUGAUGAGUGAUGCUUUUGUAUAGACUUUGCACAAAACAGGGGUUUAUAAGCUAGGGAGGAGCUGUAUCGAGUUGUGUUGUUAGAACGGAGGCCUGCAGCUAUGCUGGCUCACCCAUAGGGCAGAGACGGUAUCAUGAAAUGCUUCCCGUCAGUUGAUGCACUCUGGCUGUCCUUGACUAUCCACACUGAUUCCCAAGAAUGAGGGUGAAGAAUUGCCCUAUGAGGAAAAAACAAAUUCUUACCAGAAGGUUUAUGCCAGAAUAGGAAAAGCUGGAAACUCCUCUCAUCAUUACCCAGCCAUUCCUCUCUGUGGAACUGGCAGCUGAAUCAGACAGAUACCACUUCUCCCUGGCAAAUGAGGCUCGGUAUACGGUUUUGCCAGGUUGCAGACUCGGCAAUGAAAGAUCAUUUUGGCUCCAGCAAGUUCAUCUAGGAGCCAACUUAUCCAGCAAACAAGCUACAGAGAAACUGGGCACCACAACCCAUGGGAAGCCAAGGGAAAUGUCUUCACGCGUAAUCGGGGCAGUUUGCUGCAUAGUGUUUCACAAAGUUGGAGCCAGGUGAGCAGUAGGAUGUUGUACAGCAUGGAGACGUAAAAACCAAGUAUCCAUUUACAUUGCUUCCAGUCUGUGUUUCCCUCAGUUCCCCCACAUACAUACCAGGGGCGGUUUCCAUUGGCCAGUUGAUCUACUGACUUGUACCUGCUUUGGGAGGAAACUGGAGCACCAGGGAGAAACCAGUCACGGGGAGAAUGUGUACAGCAUUGUGGGUAGAGCAACGCUAUUCCAGCUUGGGGCAUCGGAGUCGGAGUUAAUUCCCAGCAUCCUUUGUAAGGAGUCUCUACACCUUGCUCAUGGAAUGUGUGGGUUUUCUCCAGGUCUUCCGGUUUCCUCUCACAGUCCAAAGAUGUACUGGGUAGGUUACUUGGUCAUUUGUAAAUUGUCCUAGGAUUUGGUUAGGGUUAAAUCGAGUUGCUGGCCAGAAAGGCCUAUUCUCUGCUGUAUCUCUAAAUAAAAUAAAUACACUGCUGGAGUUCAGGGUUAAUCUUGGGUAGCUGGAUAACUCAACCAGCUGCAUCAUUGCUACUAGGAGUAGAGCUUAUUGAUUACAUAAGAACAUGCAAAAUGCUGGUGGAACUCAGCUGAUCAGACAGCAUGUAUGGAAGUGAAUAAACAUUCAACAUUUCGGGCUGAGAUGCUUCUUCAGGACUGGAAAGGAAGGGGGAAGAAGCCAGAAUAAAAAGGGGAGGAGGAACGUUAGGAAAAUAAGGUGAGAGGUGAUGAGCAAGACCGGGGUGGGGCGGGGGGGGGAAUGAAGUGAGAUCUGGGAGGUGGUAAGUGGAAAAGCUAAAAGGCAGAAGCAGGAUAAAGGAUCUCUGCCCAUUCCUUUCCAUAGAUGCUCCCUGAGUUCCUCCAUUUUGUGUGCUUCUCCAGAUUUCCAGAAUCUGCUGAAUCUCUAGUGACUUUUUAUUUUAAAGUGGGAGCAGGUAUGUGCAAUUCAUCCUCAGAAGCCCACUCAGAUAAAUGUACUAAUUGAUCUGAUCCUUGCCUUCUGCUCCGCUUUCUAAUGUCCAUUUCCACUGAUAGUUUUGAUUAACAAUAUCUCUCCGAUAUGGAUACUGUGAAGGACUAGAACCCAUUGGUAGAGUAUUUCACAUAUGCACAAGCUACUAACAAAUUUCUUUUAGCUCAGUCUUUUUGGCCUGGCCUCAUCUUAAGGUAAUGUCUUUGAUCCAUAACCCUGUAGGUCAGGUGAAAAUGCCUCAGCAUCUACUUCUGUCCCUUAAGACUCUUCCAGUGAGACCACAAUAUCAUUCAUUUAAACUUCAGAGAUUGUUCUGCUGUUCUACUGAGACUCCCCUUCACAGAACAAUCUCCUUAGCCUGGGAGCUGACCUUGCAAUUUUUUUUUUGCAUUUGUACCCUUCAUUAGAAUGGAAUGUUGUAGAAGUGCCCUUAAUCCCUGUUCAGUAAUGGCACGGUGCACGAUACAGCUCUUAUCACACUCCUUAAGAGCCUGUUUUCACUCUGUCGAUGCACUUGUGCCUGCCAGUUCCCUCAACAUCCAAACCUUAGCUUUACUCUGUAAUUGACAUCAGUUCAAAGCGGGGAAGAAGUCAACUUGCAUUUUACAGUCACCUGGAACUGCAUAACCACAGGCCAUUCAGCCCAUCAUUUGCUUGCAGCUAUUUUGAAAGAGCUGUUCUGUUUGGCCUCACCGAGUUCUGUUUGGGUCAAUUUUUCUAAUUUCCCUGUGAAAGCUACCAUUGAAUCUGCUUCCACUGUCCUUUUGGAGAGCAAAUUCUAGAAAAAUAAACUUAGUGCAUGAAAAUUGUUCCUCUUCUGGCAGUUUUCUUGGUUACUUCACCUGGAAGAACAUUUCUGUAGAUCUGAGGCAAGCUGCUGACUGGUCAGGGAGCCUCCUUGGGUGAGCUUCUGCCAUCAGCAGGUGGACAAUGCCAUGUUCUUUUUGGGCCAGUUGCCAUCAUUCCCUAUGACCUUUUCUGCCCCAUGCUAUAAGUUCUCAGCUGGUAGUUUGCUUCUAAAACUUGAGUCGGGCAGUGUUAAGCCCUCCUGUGGCUUGUCCAACCACUCCAUGACAGAAGCAGCCAUGUGUCUUGUAGGAGUAGCUGUUUUAGAGUAUUUUUUAUGAUGGAAGAGCAAUAAUGUUUCUCUCUUCCUCAUUGUUCUUCACAACGUGGUGUCCUCAAAAACUUGUAACUCCCAGAUCCUGAUCUACCCGCUCUUGUUAAAGGUGACCAUUGUCAUUAAUGAACCAGCUGUUAUUAUUUACAUUCUUUCAGAGAGCAAAUUAAGACCUGCAGAAAAUGACUUGCCUUGGCUGCAGAAGACAAACAAAAAAUGCAUGAUGUCAAUUCCUCAGUCUUUAAAAAUAAAAAAAGUGGACCAAGUUAUUAGAGAACCUUAUUCACCUUGUGCUGUGCUCCAUUAAUGUCUUCUUGGCUAGCCAGUGUUCGAGGGAAGCUCUAGAGAGCAGAGAGGGGUGUGCAGGUAGAGAAGACUGGUGUUCUCACCAGCAGAGAUGGGCAAGAGAUGCAGUACAAGGCAAUCUCUUGCAGGGCCAUUCGACACUGGUGGAGUUCAUGUUAAUGAGCUGUUGGAAGCCUUAAAGACUACACCACCCUUCCUUGUGCUGAAUUUGGACCAGGGCCUCAAAUUCUGGCUGAGUAAAUGGAAGAUCACUUUGGCCGUCAUCGUGACAUUUGACAGACCGGAUCCCACACUGAAGAAAGGUCUUAGCCCGAAACAUCGACUACUUAUCCACUUCCAUAGAUGCUGCCUGACUUACUGACUUUCCCUGGCAAUUUGUGUGUGUUCCAAAGCUCAG